GUUACGUGUCCGAAUUCGCCCGCCUCACACGAGUCCGAAUCAGGUUGUCGAUUUUUAUUACCCGAACUUAACCGGCAAGCAAUACAAAUCCCUAAUCCAAACCAUUUUCGUGUGGAAAAAUAAAAUAAAAAUAGAACAAGGUCGUCGUCGGAUUCAUUUCUAGAUCAUGGAGUUCUGUCUGAUCGCCGAUACAAUCUCAGUUUGCACGGCGAAGCAAGGCAUAGCGUUUGGGAAAUCUCUUCUUAAUCGGUGGGAACACAUUUCGUUCGCCGAUUCCCCCGUCGAUCAAGCACCGGCGGUUAUCUUUCCCGUCGAUGCAAUCGCUCCGUCGAUACAAUCCAGCUCUAUUAAGACAAUCCGCCGGAUCCGCAAAAAGCGGCGCACGAAGCGCGUUUCGUUCGGCGGCGAUUCGGAAGACGGAGGAGAUUUCGGUCGGUUUGUAUUGGAAGGCGGUUUCGGUGGUAACGACGGUCCGUUCGGAUUCGGCGGUGGAAAGGGAUGGAGCUACGGCGGCGGUGGAAAUUGGGAUGAGCCAUCGUCUUGGUCGGAUCCGGCGAUGGAGUUCGUGUACGAAGUGAUUGGCUGGAUAGCGUUGUCGAAUUGCGUGCACUUUGCGUUUAAGAGGAUAGUGAGGAUCGUGACGGACGGUGAAAGGGAGAAGUUGAACCUUUCAUUGUCUCCGGUGUGCUGACAACCGUUGUUGGUUGCAGUCAUGUGUUGGAAAAUUGAUAUUUA